UGAUGCAGAGGACACAAGCAGUAAAUAUGUGGAUCUGCAUGCAGUGGAUAGCAGAACAAUGUGACAGCCAGCUAGAUAGCAACCAGGCAGCGAGUCGAGCCUAAGAGGAGGGUGCUAACUCAGCAGAGUGCUGCAGGAUCAGGCUAGAUUACAGAGUCACAGGCAGAAUAGUCAAAGGGAAAGACAAGACAGGCAGGCUACGAAGCACUUGUCUCUCUUGGUCACUGCAGGCAGAGGAAUGGACACAACUGGGCAACUUACAAGAGCAGUGUGGACUGCACAGUAGGAGUCUAUUUUGGUCCUGUCGUCAGAUGGUGACAUCACCUUGCACAAGUUGUAGAGUUGGAGUGGGGAUACAGGUUGCUUGAAUUGAGUUCCAAAAGUAUGUCAGAGAUGGACAAGGAGAAGGAACCUGCCUACAGACUCCACUUCUAUUCCGCAUCUUUUCAGCGCUCCAACAGCCAUGACAAAGUACGGAAAAUUGUUGCAGAAGAGGGCCGUGCUGCUCGAAACCUUAUUGCCUGGAGUGUACCUUUAGAGAACAAAGAGGAGGAAGCAAAGUCCAAAACCAACUCCAGUGGCAGUUCCAGAUCUCAGAGGAUCAAUUCUGGGCCACAGAGGAAUAAGAAACAAAAUGCUGGUGUGGAAAAUAAAGGGACAGUUGGCCCCUUAGUGGACAAAACGGAGAAGAGUCCAAGCAAAACCAGACAGCCUCGAAAAGUGGACUUACGAGCACGCUACUGGGCAUUCCUUUUUGACAACCUGCGUCGGGCAGUGGAUGAGAUUUACGUCACCUGUGAAUCUGAUGAAAGUGUCGUUGAAUGCAAGGAGGUAUUGAUGAUGUUGGACAACUAUGUGAGGGAUUUCAAAGCUCUGAUAGACUGGAUCCAGCUUCAGGAGAAGUUGGAGAAAACGGAUGCUCAGAACAGGCCAACCUCAUUAGCUUGGGAAGUGCGUAAAAUGUCUCCAGGACGUCAUGUGAUACCCAGUCCCUCAGCCAGUAUCCUCAGCUUUGGUGGUCCUCCACCCACACUGGCUGCAGCCCGGCUUUCCCACACAGGCCUCAGCUGGGCAGACCGGGUGAAAUGCAAUCACUCCCUCCCUAAUUCCAGUCAGCCUGCAACUUUGCCUUUAGAAAAACCAGGUAAGGAUUCUGAGGGCUGGGAAACUGUCCAGCGUGGACGUGCUGCCAAGCCUCGCUCUGCUGCCAUAGUUGCCAAAGUCAGUCCUGUCAUGGCUCGCAUCACCCAAAAACAGGACGUUAGCAAGGAUAAACGGUCACAUCUGCAAGUACAGGAAGGGCAACAGCUUCAUCCUCACUGUCCUCCAGACAAGGACAGGACCCAAACAGAUACUGAACAGCAGCAAUUGCAUAUGGAUCCUGAUACCCUGGAAGAAGUUGGUUAUUCCAGUGACGGGCACAUCAUUGAGCCCCCAGCAGAAAGUGCACAAGACAUGGGGCAGUGUGUCGUCGCACCCUGUGAAGACACGCCUCCCCUCACAGCAGCUCUUGCACCAGCACAAGCCCUAGAGCCUGAUCCAUGCUCAGUCCCACCCUCAGCCAUUACCUUAUCAGACCUGGUCCCUGCUAUGACCCCGUCCCCAUCUCCUGACCUACCUCAGACGGAUGGGCUUGGUGCACUCUUACCCUUGGGGGACAGUGGGGCUGUAGGGUGCACGACACAGGGCAUGGCAACAUCUGCUCCAGGACAGACUGAGACUCCCAUGGCAGCGGUGAAACUGGAGACUGUGCUGGACCCCACAGAGCUUUCUACUCCCCAGUCCAUGGCUGAGGUCCUGGCCAAGAAAGAGGAGCUGGCUGACCGACUGGAAAAAGCCAAUGAGGAGGCGAUUGCCAGCGCCAUUGCUGAAGAGGAACAGCUGACCAGAGAGAUUCAGGCUGAGAACGACAUGGAGGCUGACAAUGAAAGUGACUUCUCUGCUAGCAUCGGCAGUGUAGGCUGUGGAAUGAAUAUGGACUGGAAUGAUAUUGUGUCUGAUUACGAAGCUCGAGAGCAGUGGCAUCAGACAACUUCAUGGGGGGACAUUGUAGAAGAAGAACCUGCUCGGCCACCCGGACAUGGGAUCCACAUGCACGAGAAAUUGUCUUCACCUUCACGUAAAAGAACCAUUGCAGAGUCGAAGAAGAAACAUGAGGAGAAACAGCUGAAGGCACAGCAGCUGAGAGACAAACUUCGGGAAGAAAAGACACUCAAAAUGCAGAAGCUUUUGGAGAGAGAGAAGGAGGUGCGAAAAUGGAAGGAGGAGUUGUUGGAGCAACGUCGGAGGAUGAUGGAGGAAAAGCUGUUACAUGCAGAAUUUAAGCGUGAGCUGCAGCUCCAGGCAAUUGUGAAAAAAGCUCAAGAAGAAGAGGCCAAGGUAAAUGAAAUAGCAUUCAUCAAUACUCUGGAAGCUCAAAACAAGAGACAUGAUGCCCUGGCUAAAUUAAAUGAGUAUGAGCAACGCCUUAAUGAGCUGCAAGAGGAGAGACAGAGGAGACAGGAGGAGAAGCAGGCCAGAGACGAGGCUGUCCAGGAGCGUAAGCGGGUCUUAGAAGCAGAGCGGCAGGCAAGAGUGGAGGAGCUGCUGAUUCGGAGGAAGGAGCAGGAGGCUCGUAUCGAACAGCAGAGGCAGGAAAAAGAGAAAGCAAGAGAAGACGCAGCACGGGAAAGGGCCAGAGACCGAGAGGAGCGUCUGGCUGCUCUGAGUGCAGCACAGCAGGAAGCCAUGGAGGAGCUGCAAAAAAAAAUUCAGAUGAAGCAUGAUGAAAGCAGCCGUCGGCAUAUGGAGCAAAUGGAACAGAGGAAAGAGAAGGCCGCUGAGCUGAGCAGUGGUCGACAUGCCAACACAGACUACGCCCCCAAACUGACGCCAUAUGAGCGCAAGAAGCAGUGCUCUCUGUGCAGUUUUGUGAUCACCUCAGAGGUGCACCUGUUCAGCCACAUCAAGGGCAAGAGGCACCAACAGGCUGUACGCAACAGUAGCAGCAUCCAAGGGCGGGAGCUGUCUGAUGAGGAAGUGGAACAUCUGUCCUUGAAGAAAUAUAUUGUGGAUAUUGUGACAGAUGGCUCUAUAUCUUCUGAAAGCAUAAAAGAUGGAGAAGAGAAGCAGAAGGCACGGAAGAAAGCAAAGAAGCUGCGUGCCAGGAUGAACUCAAAGGCAAAGGAAUUUGAGAUGUCAAUGGAAGCAAAGGCACAAGUUCCUGACUCGCCAUACAAGGCCAAGCUCCAGCGACUGGUGAAGGACAUGUUGAAGCAGUUGCAGGGCCAGGACAACAGCCAGUGGGCCAAUAACAAAGUUUUUGCCCUGGACAGAACCUUGGGAGAGAUCUCUCGAAUUUUAGAGAAGCAGAACAAUGCAGACCAAGUGGCUUUCCAAGUGGGCGGCGGCCUGUCUGCUCUGGAGCAAAUUUUGCAGGUCAUCACUGCUGUGUCCACACCUACAACAGUUCCUCGUAUUCCUCUCAAAACACUCUGUGCUGCUGUACAUGCAUACUACUUGGCUUGUUCCUGCUGCUCCUACAAUUGCCACUAUGUGCUGUUUAGCAACAAGAUAACCCUCCUCAUGGACCUGCUGCUACAUCAACUUACACUUUAUGUCCCAGAUGAAGACAAGUCCAUUUUUGGGCGCAGUGUGAACAAAUUAGUAUUUGAAGGCUUUACCACGGGCCUGCUGCAAGCUAUUGCCACCAUUCUUGGGUUUCUUUGUCUACAUAACUCUGAGAGUGGACAAGGUGAAAAUGCACAGAUUCCCUUCCCAGAAGCAAAGGUCAAGAACUCUACUGCAGACUCCUUCAACAUUCGUACACAGGAUCUAAUCAGCUACGUAGUAAACAUGGGUUUGAUUGACAAGCUGUAUGGAUGCUUCCUGUCAAUCCAAAGUCCAGUAGAUGAGCACCCCAAGAUGUCUGCCUUCCUUCAGCAAGCUUCAGCCCUGCUUCACAGCAUGUGUAAGCUGUGCUUCAUUGUGACUGGACGUGCUCCCAGUAUAUUUGACCACAAGCGCCAGGAUUCAACUGGAUUGACAGCCUUACUCCAGUCCACAGACUUGGUGGGAGUGGUCCACUCUCUUUAUUGUAUCCUGAUGCACAGUUUCGUACCAGAGUCUGCUUCCCAGAGUCAGGAAUCCUACAGCCCUGGGGUCAUCCAGGUGGCUUUACAAGGCAUCCAGUUCCUUAACAGUUUUGCCCUGCUUGACCUGUCUGCCUUCCAGUUUGUCCUAGGUGCCGAGGGCCUGUCUCUGGCUUUCAGACACAUUGUCAGCUCGCUGCUCUGGUACUGUACCCAGAAUUCUGCCGAAGAGCUCUUGCACGAAGUCAUCAUUUGUGUGGGCUACUUUACUGUGAACCACCCCGACAACCAGGUGAUAGUGCAAUCUGGCCGCCAGCCCAGCGUGCUGCAGAAACUGUGUCAGCUCCCCUUCCAGUACUUCAGCCACCCACGCCUCAUUAGGGUGCUCUUCCCCUCCCUGAUCUCGGCCUGCUAUAACAACUCUCACAACAAGGUCAUCGUGCAGCAGGAGAUGAGCUGUGUGCUGCUCGCGACAUUCAUUCAGGACUGUGCUGCCAAUGAGAAAGAGUCUGGCACUAAAACGAAGCAGGCAGUUUCCCAGCCACUGGAUUACUGUGAUUUGUCCAUCCGCUUUCCAAGAGAUCAGUGGGACUCAGCGCUGCACUUUUUUCUCAAGACACAGGAGUGAUGGAGUUGCACACCAUCCUCAGAGUGGCUAUACACAGUACAAACGCUAUGAGACGGACUGAGAUGUAGAGUUUGUUUUGAUGUUUUUUUUUUGUUUUUUUUUCGUUUCCUUCCUUUGAAUAAAAGCCUUCAUGGGUGAAUAAUAUAUUCUUCAAAUUUUGUUGUCUUAUGUAAAAUGUUUUGCGUAUCAAGCCUUAUGAUAUGUGCAACUUUUGUGAUUUCUUGUAAAUGAAACCUGUUAUUAAUGUUCAUGAAGAAUUUGCACAAAAGUCUUUUUUGUACAUUGCAGCUACAAUUAUGACACAUGCACAACUUCCAUUCAUUGUCUCAUGAAGCUAUUUGUUUCAAUUGUUGAUAGAAAAUGGGGAUGAAGUAAACCUUAAACACCUCCUUUUACUGUAAUUAUUGAGUUGCCAAACGUUUGGUCCUUACUGUUUGUGUUAAUCUCUUAUUCUCUAUAUUAGAAUGUGAAUGACCAGAAUGUUAUCGCUGUUUUCAUAGACGUUCCACUAUCAGCUGUCACAGCGUUAUGCGUUCUGCAUUUUUCUAGUUCACAAUUUAUUUGUUGUGUUGUUUUUCGUUUGCUUUGUGUUCCCCCUUAAGUUCCUUUAGGGGGCACUUCAAUAAAAAUAAAUAAAUAAAUA